UCACCUGAAUGUCUUGUUUCUUAGCGGUUUCCUUGGUGACCAGAAGUUCCAGUUGUUACUUUCAAUCUCAGACAGCUGAACAACUCUCCGUUCCAAGCCAGCUCUCUUAAAUUCUAGUCGUUAGAGCUGGUGUCUAUAUUUAGCCGGUGGGAUUAAAUUGCAAAGGCUCCAGGCUGCGCGGAGCAGACUGAUCCGCCUUUUUACAGCUAGACCCGUGUGCAGCAAGGAGCGAAGACCCUCAGUGUCCCCUUCCUUACCCAGGUUCCUCACAGAAUGGAUUCCCAGCGGGAGCUUGCAGAGGAACUCCGGCUUUACCAGUCCACCCUUCUUCAGGAUGGUCUAAAAGAUCUCCUGGAAGAGAAAAAAUUCAUCGAUUGCACCCUCAAAGCAGGCGACAGAAGUCUUCCUUGCCACAGACUGAUAUUGUCUGCUUGCAGUCCUUACUUCCGUGAGUAUUUCUUAUCUGAAAUUGAGGAGGAGAAAAAAAAGGAGGUCACGCUAGAUAACGUGGAUCCUGCUAUCCUUGAUUUGAUCAUCAAAUACCUGUACUCUGCCAGUAUCGAUCUCAAUGACGCAAACGUGCAAGACAUCUUCGCCCUGUCCAGCCGCUUCCAGAUCCCCUCAGUCUUCACCGUCUGUGUGUCUUACCUUCAGAAACGACUGGCUCCUGGUAACUGUCUGGCCAUCCUAAGAUUGGGUCUUCUCCUUGACUGCCCAAGACUCGCCAUUUCUGCCCGGGACUUUGUCUCAGAUCGCUUUGCGCAGAUUUGUAAGGAAGAAGACUUCAUGCAGCUGUCUCCGCAGGAGCUGAUCUCGGUCAUUUCAAAUGAUGGUCUCAACAUAGAAAAGGAGGAAGUGGUGUUUGAGGCUGUGAUGAAAUGGGUGCGGACAGACAAAGAAAACAGGGCGAAAAGCCUUAGUGAAGUGUUUGAUUGUAUUCGUUUCCGCCUCAUGGCAGAAAAAUACUUCAAAGAUCACGUCGAGAAAGAUGACAUAAUUAAAAGCAACCCCGAAAUCCAGAAGAAAAUCAAAGUUCUAAAAGAUGCUUUUGCAGGCAAACUCCCGGAACCUAGCAAAAACGCAGAGAAGGCAGGGGGCGGCGAGGUGAACGGUGAUGUCGGGGAUGAAGACUUACUUCCUGGUUACCUCAAUGAUAUUCCCAGACAUGGAAUGUUCGUUAAAGAUCUCAUCCUCUUGGUCAAUGACACAGCUGCGGUAGCUUACGACCCCAUGGAAAACGAGUGUUACCUUACCGCCUUAGCAGAGCAGAUCCCCAGAAACCAUUCCAGUAUCGUUACCCAACAGAAUCAGAUCUACGUGGUCGGAGGGCUGUACGUGGAUGAAGAAAAUAAGGAUCAGCCCCUACAGUCGUACUUCUUCCAGCUUGACAGCAUAACAUCUGAGUGGGUCGGACUUCCUCCUCUACCAUCAGCCAGGUGUCUCUUUGGUUUGGGAGAGGUGGAUGACAAAAUCUACGUGGUUGCCGGCAAAGACCUCCAAACAGAAGCUUCGCUAGACUCCGUCUUAUGCUAUGAUCCCGCGGCUGCAAAAUGGAGUGAAGUGAAAAAUCUUCCUAUUAAAGUUUAUGGCCAUAAUGUGAUUUCCCAUAACGGGAUGAUCUACUGUCUAGGCGGAAAGACAGACGACAAGAAGUGUACAAACAGAAUGUUUAUCUACAACCCCAAAAAGGGAGACUGGAAAGAUCUGGCUCCUAUGAAGACCCCUCGUUCCAUGUUUGGAGUGGCAAUCCAUAAAGGCAAAAUUGUAAUCGCAGGGGGUGUCACCGAGGACGGUCUCUCUGCUUCAGUUGAAGCUUUCGACCUCAAGACCAAUAAAUGGGAAGUGAUGACGGAAUUUCCCCAAGAAAGAAGCUCCAUCAGUCUGGUCAGCCUGGCCGGAUCCCUGUACGCCAUCGGCGGUUUUGCAAUGAUCCAACUGGAAUCGAAAGAGUUUGCACCCACUGAAGUCAAUGACAUAUGGAAAUAUGAAGAUGAUAAAAAAGAAUGGGCUGGGAUGUUGAAGGAAAUACGUUAUGCUUCGGGAGCUAGUUGCCUAGCAACACGCUUAAAUCUGUUCAAACUGUCUAAACUGUAAACAAGGUGACAACAAUAACCGUUUGAGAAGUGGCUUGUUGGGACAAGAGGCCUAUAAUUUACUGUCUUUCUUUAAGCCUGUACAAUGAUUCAUGUAGAGUCUCUGAGGUUGACAGUGUAGCCGGAUCUCGGAGUCACUGCUUGUUCCAAUGCUGCCGAGUAUAGAAUUGUUUGCUAAGAGCUUUAGUGUUCAGCUGAACAGUGUUCUUUUGUUAAACUUUACUCAAAGAUGUGGGCUUUCUAAAUCUGAGCUGUUUACUAAGCCUUUGUAUUAUUAAGGUACAUUUACACUUGUUUUCUAUUGUCAAUGAAAUGCAUAUGUCUACAUUCUAAAGAAAUGUUUGAGUAACAGAACCCUUUCCUCACAUUGUGAGCGAUGACAAGGAUCUUGUGCAUUGUAACGAAGAUGACUGGAAAUGCUGUUUAA